AUACCGCCGGGUUCGCAGACCGGCUUUCACUCAGUUCCAUCUGUGGUUUAAAGACUACACCUCCAGCAGAGGCUUCACCGCGAAGGGAGCUGCUCUAUUUCUUUUUAUCCCAGCUUUCAGGGCUAAUGGACAAACUCUUUGUAAAUGCUUUUUAAGAAUCUUCACUCUAGGAAAUCACACACUGGCUACUCAGCGGGCCCUGGCCUUGAGUCUUAUUUGAAGGGGUUUAACUUCACUGGUGAGCCACCUUGGCUUCUCUGCACCUGAGUGACCGCAACGCCAAAUUCCAUCUCUUUCAUAUCCAAUUCACUAGUGACCACUCAAAAGGACUUCUUGUGACCAUGAACACUGCCACACCCACUGACUUUGAACUGUCUUUCCUCGAUGAGGGUUUCUCUGCUCGUGACAUUGUUGAGCAGAAGAUCAAUGAGUCAUCCAUGACAGAUGACCGGGAUGCCUUCUAUGUCUGCGACUUGGGGGAUGUCGUGAAGAAGCACCUGCGCUGGGUCCGGGCCUUGCCUCGUGUUAGACCGUUUUAUGCCGUCAAAUGUAAUGACAGCCGGUCUGUGGUGAUGACACUGGCGUCCCUGGGAACAGGCUUCGACUGUGCAAGCAAGAUGGAGAUUCAGCUGGUUCAGUCUCUGGGAGUUGAUCCAAGCAGAAUCAUCUAUGCCAACCCCUGCAAGCAGGUUUCUCAGAUCAAGUAUGCAUCUGCCCACGGGGUCCAGAUGAUGACCUUUGAUAGUGAGGUGGAACUCAUGAAGGUGGCUCGCUGCCAUGACAAUGCCAAGCUGGUGCUGCGUAUUGCCACAGAUGACUCGAAGGCAAUUUGCCGUCUGAGCGUGAAGUUUGGGGCCCCUCUCAAAGAUUGUCGAGGUCUCUUGGAGCGUGCUAAGGAACUGGGGCUGGAUGUGAUCGGUGUCAGCUUCCAUGUUGGCAGCGGCUGCACGGACCCAGAAAGCUAUACCCAGGCUAUUGCAGAUGCCCGCUGUGUGUUUGACAUGGGGGAAGAGUUGGGGUUCAACAUGGAUCUACUUGACAUUGGAGGUGGUUUUCCUGGUUCGGACAACACUGUGUUGAAAUUUGAAGAGAUCACAGCAGUAAUCAACCCAGCCCUGGAUAAGUACUUUCCAGUUGACUGUGGUGUUAAAAUAAUUGCUGAGCCAGGACGCUUCUAUGUAGCUUCUGCUUACACACUGGUUGUGAACAUCAUUGCCAAGAAAGUCAUCAUGGACGAGGAGUCAGCCUCUGAUGAGGAAGACGAAGGGACCAGCGACAGGACUCUGAUGUACUACGUCAAUGAUGGCGUGUACGGAUCCUUCAAUUGCAUUCUUUAUGACCAUGCUCACUGUCUGCCAAUCCUGCACAAGAAGCCAAAGCCAGAUGAAGCGAUGUACCCCUGCAGUAUCUGGGGCCCAACAUGCGAUGGUCUUGACCGCAUUGUCGAGCAGUGUAGCCUGCCCGACCUCCAGGUGGGCGACUGGUUGGUGUUUGAAAACAUGGGGGCUUACACUGUGGCAGCCUCCUCCACCUUCAACGGCUUCCAGAGACCUGACAUCCACUACGUCAUGUCACGCCCUGCCUGGCAACUUGUGCAGCAGGUCUGUUCUCAGGGCAUGCCGGCUCCUGCAGAGGAGUCGUACCUGUUUGAAGUGCCUGCCUGCUGUGGCAGAGAGAGCAGCUUGGAUCUGCCCACUAAACCUUGCCAGGCCCACAUGGUUUAAAAUUGCAGUACAAUGCAGCAUGCUUGUCACACUUAGCAUCCAUUGAUUUAUUGGUGGGGGUUAACUGUGUGGUGGGGUUUUGUUUUGUUUUUUCCCCUUUCCCUCCCAUUAGCUAAAAAUGUACAGUGCUUAAACAAGGCCAGGCCAGUUACUUGACAGAGGAAUGAGGGCUGUGUUGCAAAAAUUUGUUCUUUAUGGAAGCUGGAGAUCAAUCCUGAAUGGAACUCGGUGUCUCUGUGGGUUCCAGGUGCAGUGUUGCAGGGAAGCUCUGUACUUGAAUUUGCUGCUGCAGGUUUCCUGGCAGACUGUAAGCGCUGUAGUUCACAAUGAACCUAUUUAACUGGAGGGAGUUGUGUUGUGUGGAGGGGGGGAAUUUGUAAGGACUUGCAGCACUGGAAACUGGCAGAUUUUUAAAACACAGCUUACCUGCAGUGUAAGAGGGCAGAGUAUAUUAAAGAUCCAGAGUUAGAUGUGGUGUAUGGUAAUUAAGGUUAUAUUACAUUUAUUUAUUUAUGGGUUAACUUGGGGGGGUAAAUCGGUGUUUUCAUUCCUAGAAUGAGCCCCCCCCCCUUUUAUUUUAAUUUUUUCUGGGGUCCAUUUGGAUUUUUAAUAUUCACUAUUAGGUUCUCAUUUUUAAGUAUCAGUACAUCCUAAAGUUAAAGUGCUGUCCUUUCAGGGAUCUGUCAACAGCUAAAGUGAUAUCCCCAGCUGGUAACUUGCACAGAGGCAAUGGAGUAUGACCUUUUUUUUUUUUUUUUCUUUUUUUUCUUUUUUUUUGUUUUUUUAAUGGCUGCUAUAUUAAUAUUUAUCUUUUUCGUGAUCUCCACUUCUGUACAGAACCCCCCCAAAAGUGUUAAUCCUCAAGAUGACAAAACAUAUUUAUUUUCCAGCAGUUACUCAGUGCUUGUUCUGUCAGUGCUUCUUUGCAGAUUUUGACCAGAACCUGCAUUUCCUGUAUGACUUUUGAAUAUUCUUUACAUGAACUAAUGUAUGCAUGAAUCAUGCUGUGUAUUGAAACAGCACACAUGAGCUAUAUAUAUACACAACAAACAUUUUAAACUCCUGGGAGCCAGCAAUACAUCUUAAAGAUUAACACUUCAACACAGGGACUCAAGCAGACUGUACCUCUCCUCUUCUAUUUUCUUUUGUAAGUUGUAGAACAGUCCAUUCACCUUAUUAAUAAGCAGACACAGUGUUUAACCAUACAUUUGAAAUGGAUAUGAAAGAGAUGGGAUUGCAAAUUCAUAACGCUUUCCUAUGGAAACUUUAAGUUUUGUAUUUUUUUAAAUAAAAUAACAGGUGCAGAGCCUAA